CAAAACCAGACUGAUUGUCGGAGAUUGAGAGGUUCCACGACUUCGUCCUGCAUCGGAUUCUUUGUUGUAUCACAAGCGGCCACCCAUGCAAACGGCUCUCGCCAUUAGCCAUGCAGUAUUCCUUUGUCGAUGCUUCCAAUAACGGUACAAAGAGUUCUGCUACCAUAUAUUUAUAGUAUGUCGACACGGCCAUGUAUCCUCUAUGCUUUCAUGUUCUUCUUUGCACGGAGCUAUUGCCCGAGACACUCGUUUUCAAGUUGCUUUUCAUAACAUUCCUUGUCUCUCAAGCAUUUCCACCGACGGACUGCUACUAAUCACGACAAACAUGCGCUCAAUCGCUACACUCGUUACUGUCGCACUGCUGGCUGUUGCAGUCCAGUGUUCAGCGGACCAAGAACAGAAUUUCGCCAUCCUCCCUCGUUAUGAAGAUUGUACUCCAGGCCAAAGUGGAGGCUGUGCUGGAUGUGGUGCUGAUUAUGUCGAAUGUGGUGCGGACGCCUGCUACAAUCCAAAAGCCAACGAGACUUGCUGCUCCAAUGAUUAUGCAUGCCCUGCCAAUUUCAGCUGCGCCUCGAACGGCACCAGCUUUUGCAUCCCGGACGGGUACCGGCGUCGUGCUUCAAGCUGCCGUAUUGGUGAUGAAGGCUUUAACGGCACUGCGGUCAAUACUACCACGACUACAACAACCAUUACUUCGACGACCACCAAUACCUAUACAGUGAACGCUACGACCUCGUCUUGCGAUUUGAGUGCCGCAACCACCGGACUACCUAUCACGGAUUCUGCUCUGUAUGGCAACACUACCACUGCUGUCGCUCUGAAUACCACUACUUCAACCUUGUCACUGGCAAAUGCUACCGCGGUUCUCCCUACCACCAACCCAAUCAACGCCACCAGAACAUCGGCCGCGAUCAGCCCUCCAAUCACUGGGUAUACAGGAGCUGCUUCUGGUCUUCAAGGCCAGGCUUCGGCUUCUCUCUUUGCUCUCGGAUGUCUGCUGUUCAUGUCGGCUUUGCUGUUGUAAGAAUCUCUGAAGGACUGGGUAUAUGCACGGAUACUGGAGUUACGAGGACCUAUCAAAAGUGCAUCGGAAGGGCUGGUGAACUGCAGGUGUCUGCCUGGAUUACAUAAUCGAGGAGGAGUUGCCAUGCAAUGAUAUGAGUACGAACAAAGCUAGAAAUGUCUUGAUCACUUGCAGCAGAAUGUGUCUUGCUGCUUCCUGUGUUGGUCGCUUAAUCAUCCUUAGCAUGCUGACGACCAAAAGCGUCAUCUAAAGCCCGGGUGAAUGGUGGGGCAGGAGGAUUACAUAGACAAAUCUUUACUCAUAACGUGAGCU